GCCGGCGAGAGAGCGGAGAUGAUGGGCGGGCGGCAAGUGCCGAAGGCGCUUCGGGCGAUGAUGUAUGCAAGCCGGGGUUAUUCAUCACAACGUGGCUUAAAUGACGUAGUCAUCGUAAGUGCUGCCCGGACACCCAUUGGCUCUUUUCAGGGAUCUCUUUUCUCACUACCAGCUACUGCUCUUGGCUCUGUUGCCGUUAAAGGAGCAAUUGAAAGAGCAGGCAUCGCUAAAGAAGAAGUGAAGGAAGUAUACAUGGGUAAUGUUAUCCAGGCUGGGCAAGGACAAGCUCCUGCAAGACAAGCAACACUUGGUGCAGGUUUACCAGUUUCUACUCCUUGCACAACUGUCAACAAAGUGUGCGCUUCUGGAAUGAAAUCUAUUAUGAUGGCAGCACAGAGCCUGAUGUGUGGGAAUCAGGAUGUGAUGGUGGCUGGAGGGAUGGAGAGCAUGUCUAAUGUGCCCUACACAAUGAGCAGAGGAACAACACCUUAUGGAGGAGUAAAGCUGGAAGACCUGAUUGUGAAAGAUGGUUUAACUGAUGUUUACAAUAAAAUCCACAUGGGUAGCUGUGCAGAGAAUACUGCUAAAAAGUUUACUGUAUCACGGGAAGAUCAAGAUGCCUACGCCAUCAGAUCGUAUACAAAAAGCAAGGAAGCUUGGGGCUCUGGAGUUCUUGCAAAGGAAAUUGUACCUGUUACUAUUUCUCAGAAAGGAAAACCUGACACAGAGUUUAAAGAAGAUGAAGAGUACAAACGUGUUGAUUUUAGUAAAGUUCCAAAGCUGAAAGCAGUUUUCCAGAAAGAAAAUGGAACAGUAACGGCUGCCAAUGCCAGUACCCUCAAUGAUGGAGCAGCUGCUUUGGUUCUGAUGACUUCAGAAGCAGCCAAGAGGUUAAAUGUUAAACCAUUGGCUAGGAUAGCAGCUUUUGCAGAUGCUGCUGUUGAUCCUAUUGACUUUCCCAUUGCCCCGGCACAUGCUGUUCCCAAGAUACUCAGUCAGACAGGACUCAAAAAAGAAGACAUUGCAAUGUGGGAAAUUAAUGAAGCAUUCAGUGUUGUGGUCCUAGCCAAUAUUAAGAUGCUGGGCAUUGAUCCAGAGAAAGUGAACAUUCAUGGAGGAGCAGUCUCUUUAGGACAUCCAAUUGGGAUGUCUGGAGCACGAAUUGUCGUUCACAUGACUCAUGCAUUGAAGCAAGGAGAGUAUGGUCUUGCUGGAAUUUGCAACGGAGGCGGUGGUGCAUCUGCAAUACUGAUUCAAAAGUUGUAGGCUCUUUGAAAGGCUUAAACUUAAUUGGCUGUUACAGAUAUUUAUGGACUUGCCACCCGUAUCUUAAAACUCAGUUC